UUACAAAAAGGUAAAAACAAUUAGAGAAAACUUUUAAAAAGCCAGAGAGCAUCCUAGAGAGCAUUUUAUAAGCGUGUCAUUUGUGUCUUAAUCUAUAAAAUAACCAGUAUAGAAGUUCAGCACAGUGACUUUACUGUGAGUCCACACAUUGAGUCGUCCAGCAGAUGGCGCUCCAGGCCCUGUUAGUGACCCAUGCGGAGGAGCAGAGCCGCGGCCCCUCCUGCGCCCAGGCGUUGUUUUCGUCUCCUGGAUGAUGAGGUGCGUAAAGAGGCGCCAACGCACCGCACCGGGCUGAGGAGGUGGCUGAUGAGCAGACCAGACAAACAGCUCCUCUCUCCGAGACAUCCGCACAAGCGUCUCAGAGCCGGAGAGAUACCAUGAAGGAGACGCACGGCAGAUGGAGGAGUAAAGAUUCACCUGCAGAGCACUGAGUGAAGAGGCAGCAUGGCGGGGGGUCGGAGGGGACUUGUGGCCCCUCAGAAUACUUUUUUGGAGAAUAUUGUCAGACGGUCGAACGUUUGGACACUGUCACAUAGACAGACAGAUACCAACUUUGUCCUGGGAAAUGCCCAGAUAGUCGACUGGCCCAUCGUCUACAGCAACGAUGGCUUCUGCAAGUUGUCGGGGUACCACAGAGCAGAGGUGAUGCAGAAAAGCAGCACCUGCAGCUUCAUGUACGGGGAGCUCACGGACAAGGACACGACGGAAAAAGUGCGACUAACGUUCGAGAAUUAUGAGAUGAACUCGUUUGAAAUACUGAUGUACAAGAAGAACAGGACGCCUGUUUGGUUUUUUGUGAAGAUUGCUCCUAUACGAAAUGAGCAAGAGAAGGUGGUCCUGUUUCUUUGCACGUUCAGUGACAUCACAGCCUUUAAACAACCCAUCGAAGACGAUUCGUCCAAAGGCUGGGGAAAGUUUGCCCGACUGACUCGAGCUCUGACGAGCAGUAGAGGAGUCUUACAACAGCUGCAGCCCACAGUUCACAAAGGAGAGAAUGUCCACAAGCACUCCCGCUUAGCUGAGGUCCUGCAGCUCGGCUCAGAUAUCCUACCUCAGUACAAACAGGAGACCCCCAAAACCCCUCCCCACAUCAUCCUGCACUACUGCCUCUUCAAGACCACGUGGGACUGGGUCAUCCUCAUCCUCACCUUCUACACCGCCAUCAUGGUGCCCUACAACGUCUCCUUCAAGACCAAGCAGAACAACGUGACGUGGCUGGUGGUGGACAGCAUCGUGGACGUCAUCUUCCUGGUGGACAUCGUUUUAAACUUCCACACCACCUUCGUCGGACCCGCCGGCGAGGUCAUCUCAGACCCCAAGCUGAUCCGUAUGAACUACCUGAAGACCUGGUUCGUUAUCGACCUGCUGUCCUGCCUGCCGUAUGACGUCAUCAACGCCUUCGAGAAUGUAGAUGAGGGGAUCAGCAGUCUGUUCAGCUCACUGAAAGUAGUCCGGCUUCUCCGUCUGGGUCGGGUGGCCCGUAAACUGGAUCACUACAUUGAGUACGGGGCAGCUGUCCUGGUCCUGCUGGUGUGUGUUUUUGGACUGGCUGCUCACUGGCUGGCCUGCAUUUGGUUCAGCAUCGGUGAUUACGAGGUUAUCGACGAGGAAACCAACCUCGUGCGCAUGGACAGCUGGCUGUACAUCCUGGCAGAGACGGUGGGCACGCCAUACCGCUUCAACGCCAGCGGCUCAGGGAAGUGGGAAGGCGGCCCAAACAAAGACUCGGUCUACAUCACUUCGCUGUACUUCACCAUGACCAGCCUGACGAGCAUCGGCUUCGGCAACAUCGCCCCCACGACAGACGGGGAGAAAAUCUUUGCAGUGGCCAUGAUGAUGAUUGGAUCCCUUCUUUACGCCACCAUCUUCGGUAACGUGACGACAAUCUUCCAGCAGAUGUACGCCAACACCAAUCGUUACCAUGAGAUGAUUAACAGCGUCCGGGACUUCCUCAAGCUCUACCAGGUGCCCAAGGGCUUGAGUGAAAGAGUUAUGGAUUACAUUGCCUCCACAUGGUCCAUGUCUCGGGGUAUAGACACUGAAAAGGUGUUGCAGAUUUGUCCGAAGGAUAUGAGAGCAGAUAUUUGUGUCCAUCUCAACCGGAAGGUGUUCAAAGAGCACCCUGCUUUCCGGCUGGCCAGCGACGGGUGUCUCAGAGCACUGGCAAUGGAGUUUCAGACCAUCCACUGCGCCCCUGGCGACCUGAUCUACCACGCUGGCGAAAGUGUGGACAGCCUCUGCUUUGUGGUGUCGGGAUCACUGGAGGUCAUUCAGGAUGACGAGGUGGUGGCCAUUUUAGGUAAAGGUGACGUAUUUGGGGAUGUUUUCUGGAAGGAGGUGACUCUCGCUCAAGCCUGCGCCAACGUCCGAGCUCUGACCUACUGCGACCUCCACGUCAUCAAGCGCGACGCCCUGCAGAAGGUGCUGGAGUUCUACACAGCGUUUUCCAACCACUUCUCAAGAAACCUGCUGCUCACUUACAACCUGCGAAAGAGGAUCGUGUUCCGAAAGAUCAGUGAUGUGAAACGAGAGGAAGAGGAGCGACAGAGACGUAAGAAUGAAGCCCCUCUGAACUUGCCACCAGAUCACCCGGUACGAAAACUCUUCCAACGCUUCCGACAGCAGAAGGAAGCCCGCCUGGUGACUGACAAGCCAGAACUAGAUGAUCGUGAUGUUGAGAAGGGCCCUUUGUACGUCGACAUCAUGAUAGGUAAAGCAGCAGUCACAACCACCAGCAUCAUCACAGUGACAGAAAGCCCAGCAACACCCUCACCUUCAACGCCUUCAUCCUCAGCAACCCCCAACUGUACACCCACAGACAAGGCGAAGCUACAGGUGCCGGCUCCUGUUUCUAUUGUAGGAGGCCGAGCGGCUGAACCGGUCAAAGUCAAAGGCUGGGGUCGCUUCAAGGAGUCCAUGGCCAAAGCCGACAACUGGAACAAAGUGUCAAAAGCUGAAUCCAUGGAGACUUUACCUGAACGGACCAAGGUGCAUGAGUCACAGAUGUCUCUGAAGAAGACAGACUCAUGUGACAGCGGUAUCACCAAAAGUGACCUGCGCCUGGACAAAGUGGGCGAGUUCCGCAUGACGCCCCAGGACCGCAGUCCUGUCCAGCCUCCGGAGACCAGGCACCCCUUCUACCCCAUCCCAGAGCAGUCACUCCAGGCCUCGCUUCAGGAGCUCAAGCUGGAGCUGAAGGACGACCUCAAGAACCUGAACGUUCGUAUGUCCGGCCUGGAGGCUCAACUCACAGAAGCACUUCAACUCCUCAAAGCGAGGAGAUUGAGCUCUGGCUCUCCGCAGCCUCUUUUUGACGUUUCUAGACCUGCGUCACCAGAACUUGACAAAGAGGACAUCUUCUCUUGAAAGAUGCAAGUUUAACACAUCAGGUUUACUGUGAACUCAGCUGGAAUCCAGUAGUAUCCAGAUUACUUGGAUAGCUGAGGCUGCACUGGCCACACCAUUUAGAUUAGGCAACAGUGCACUCUUUAAGACGCACUGCCUUUAUCGUAGGGGUGUAGCUGUCAGUUAGCAAGGGAAUGUCAUGUUGAGAAGUCGAGGUCGUAGCGCAGAUUUUGUUGUCGUAACACUGAACACUCAGAGGUUACAAAAACACUGACAGCUCUAUGUUUGUACAUAAGUUUGAUUUAUUUUUCCAUCAGACUUUAGUGGAAAAAUAGCUCGAGCCGUUUGAUUUUAUCUCGAUUUUGAGACUGACAGAAGAACACAGUCGUGUCUCUGUUGGGAAGAGAAUAGAAGAAGCAUGUCCCACUGAUUUGUUAUUGAAUCAUUUGUAUGAGAUUCUUUGCAUGUCACAUAUAAUAGACGUGUGUCUCCAAUGGCAGAUGGUGCAUUUUUGAUUGAGGCCACACAGUGAGUCGUCUGCAUUAGUUCACCAUGACAGUCCCUCCAGAUGUCGAAACAGUCUCAGAGUAAUUUCCUCGAGGGACUGAUGAAGUCUUCUUAUUAUAUCAACUGCCAGGGUUAUUAUGAAUAAUACAACACAUUACUCUGGCCGAGCAUCUUUCAUCAGAGCUUAUAAUUCCCAUAAACCAUGGAUAGAUGGGCCUGAUGAAAAGGCGGCACCGAGCAAGAUAUCCAUCUUCUCUGAUAUCUAUAGUUGUUAUUCUCAUGUAGAGACACUGCAGUCACACAUGAUACAUAUAUAUUGUACGCGAGCCGUGCAUUUUUAGCUUUGGUGAUGCAUAAUCAGGUGAUCCAGAUGAUAAUGGCUGCAGCCCUUACUUUAUUUAAAACUGUCUAGAACAUACCGGUAGUGAUGAAUGCCCUUUUGCACAGUAUUUCUUAAAAUGAAAUAUAUUUAUAAUUUAAAUAAAACUUAAAAGUGCAGGUUUGUUCAUGUAAACAGGCCUACGUGGUCACUGGAACCUAUUUUAGUGAUGAUUUUGAGGUACAGUUUUUACAAUUGUUACACCAGUUAGUAUGCAUGAUUUAAUGUGUCUGUCUGUCGUCACAUUCACACGAGGAAAAUAAAACAUCAUCCAAGGUACAAGUCGACUAUUAGGAAGGGACAAAGAUGAAAAAUGUUGAGGCUGAGUGUUUGCAAGGCAGAUAAUCUCUUUCAGGACUUGCUUUGCUUUAUUUUGGGACAAUAUUCCAACAGGAAAAUCUACUUGCUUCUGGUUUCCAAUAACUUAACAUGUCCCCAGUGUGCAUUCAAACUGGGAGAUGACCAUCAACAACCACGUGCUUACACUGUAGAUAACCAGACAUUUUUAAUUAAUUAAUACAGAGCACCCAUGCUUAAGGAGAAAAAGAUUUAACAAUUUAAUGUAAUUGGGUUACCGUAAUACUUCAAUUAAUAGCCCAGGCUAUUAUUUGCUUAAAUCACUGAAGUCAACAGGCUUAUAUUUGGGACAGGCCUUUAAUUUCUUUCACAUAAAACUAUUGCUCAGUAAAGUAAAGGAAAUACAAUCGAAUUGUUUAUUUAAACCAGUAUGAAUGUUACUUCUAUAAAAAUUAGGCUUUGAAUAACAUAUCAAUUAUUAAUCAUUCAUUUGAUCUACCUCUGUUUUACGGCCCCUGGCAUACCGACACGACACCACUUUAUCCUGUUAAAACAAUAGGAUUAUUUUUGAUGAUAAACCCUUUUGACUCUUUCGAUCAGGGGAUCCUUACAGACCAAAGGAAUAUGAAUAAGUUGAGGAAUGGACACAUAUUCUGACUUUCUGACAGCUUCAGACGUAGGGAGUCACCACUGUUUUUGCCCGUCUCUCUUAUUUACCAUGCCAGUAAAUCUAAAUGAAAUACAGUCUUCUCUAGUGCUCAUGGUUUGAGUAAAAUGAAUCUAACCGAGCUCAAGUGGGUAGCCAACAACCUGGUUUUAUACAUCCAAAGAACUUAUAUAAAAAUGA